UACACAUGUAGAUGGGCUGGAUUAAGAUGCCUUUCGAUUGCUUUAAUGUUCGUGCUAUAGUACGAAACGCCAGGCAAGUCUCCUCGUUCUUCUCGUCGCCGCUCUCCCGCUGGCUUUGCUCUUCAACUUCAACUACUUCGCCGCCUCGCAGAAUCCCGGCGACGCGAACCCUAUCAGCCCGUGAACAACCAACCGCCUCGAGAAGCCACAUUUCGUCGAGGCGCGGGGGCGGCGCGCUGUUCGCCUUGCUGGGGGGAUCGGGGCGGCUUCUCGGCUGCGGCGGUGGCGGUGCUUUCCCCUUCAACCUUCGCGGCUGCGCGCGGCGACCGGAGCGCGGGCGCGGCGCGCCUCGUCGCCCCCCGUUCGUGGCGCUGUUAGAGGUUAGGAGGAUUCAUUGGUGCGGCACUGCGGCAUUACGACGAACGUCUCGAGCGCGCCUCGUCGCCCGGUUUGUGGCGCUGCUAAAGGUUAGGAUUCUUUGGGGCAUUUCGACGAACGUCUCGCUCGCGCCUCGUCGCCUGUUCGUGGCGCUGCUAAAGGGCACGAGGAUUCUGCAGUGCGACAUUUCAGCGAACACCUUGCGCGCACCUCUGGCGCCUUCCAGCAUUUCCCAAGGAGGCUUAAAUCCUUAUUAUUAUCUCUUCCCUUCCUGCGGACAAAUUUAUCUUGUGGCAUUUAUGCUACCUUGAUCUCGCUAUUGACAUACAAUAUCCCACAAACACAAAACCUCAAAUCCUAACUUAUCACAAGAUGAUUCCUCAAAAUGAUUUGUUGUUUCCUCUAUGUUCCCUUUUCCAUGACAUAUUUAGAACCUACAAUGUCUUGAGAUAUUUUAUUAGCAGUGACUUCUUGCUCGGAUCUUUCAAGUGUCAGGAACAAUCUCGUUCUUGUUGUACAGUAUUCCACAAACACAGAACCUCAAAUUCUAACUUAUCAACAAGAUGAUUCCUUAAAAUGAUUUGUUGUUUUCUCUGUGUUCCCUUUUGCAUGAAAUACUUACAACCUACAGUAUCUUGAGAUGUUUUAUCAGCAGUGACUUCUUGCUGGGUAUUUCAAGUGUUGACAAUAAUGGCGGUUCCUGUCAAUACCAAUAACCAAGAGGAGGAAGGUUGUAAUCCUUCCUCAGGCAAUGAGCUUGAACAAUUAGAAUCAGAUUUUUGUGAUGAAGCCAAUAACAUUGAGCUCGCUAAGGCCUUUUGGUAUAACAAGAGUGAAUUGGAGCAAUCAGCAAUUCUAUCGGUUGAGAUUGAGGAAUUGGAGAUGACUUAUUAUAGGGGCUGUAUACCCCCUUUUGAGCUGCAUCAAGUUCCUUUAUUAUCUGAUGCCAUCAGCUUCAUACAAGACACAAAAUCCUGGUUAUAUUGGGUUUGUCCCAAUUGUGAGAGGAUGUUUCUAGAUUCUGAAGGCUUCUUGUUGCAUCUCGAGAAUGAACAUCUACCACAACUGCCUAGAUCUGAGCCAAUUAUACCUAGGAGAAUAUCUGACAAUGAUGUAAGGGGAUUAAAAACCUUUAGUUGGCUUCCAGGCAACAUGUAUAUGAGAGGAGGAGUGGAUGACACUAAUUUUGAAGAUACCGAGAUAAGGAAAACAAUCAUGCAGAAGAUUCAGGAAGUGGUUUUCAAGCUCAUAGAUCUAAGGAUCCUUUCUGCUGAUCUUACAAAUAAAUUGACCACGUUUUCAAGACUUCGGGUGGGAAGAAGAGCCUAUCUGUUGCCCGGUAUGUUGAGCAUUGCAUUUCUAGGUGCAGAAGAUCUUGAAAUGAUCUAUAAAUUGCUGCAUCAGUUGUCGUUAGCCAAUACAUGGGAACUUGAGCAGAGUCCUGAGUUUGAUGAAGAUGGGAGUGAUUCUUUUGAUGCUGUUACUCUCGUUCAAGAUACUAACACCCUCUGUCUGGAUGUAAGAAAAAUCAUUUCUAGUACUGAUGGUUCUAUCAUGGAAGAUGAUGUCUUCAAAUGGCUAUUCUAUACACCCCUGCAAGAAGGGAUGCUGUUAUCAUGGUUGAGCAUGAAACAAAAACGUCUUCAACGUGGAGUUCAGAUCAUAUUGCAGAUUAAGACUUUCAGGGACACACUAAUAGAUGCAUACAAGAGUAAGCUUGAUGAUGGAAAGAUUUCAGAACAGGAACCUCCUAACUGUUUCCUUACUGAGACUGACUAUAUUGAUGCUAAGAUAUUGAGGAUUGAUUCUGAAAUUGAGUACAUGAAGAAAAUGUUGUCAGAAGUCUGUGCAUUUGAUUACCGUCCUGCCAUCAUGCCUAUUUUGAAGGCCUACAUACGGGAUAAGUUGAGAAAGGCUUCCUCUUGUGGUGUCUUUGAUCAAGAUGAUAGAUAUGCAGAAUAUAACAAGAAUUUGGACUCUGUCAAUCAAUUUCAGAUGGACCAGCAAGCUGGGAGAAAUCAAAAUUUUGUUGAUGAAGGCAACAGUUCUAGGACCAAGGUCGAGAAAGCACGGUGCUUUGUUUCAGAUCAUCAAGCCUCUAUUAUAGAACAAACGGGAACAUGCACAAUAUCAGAGGAACCAAGCGCUCAGAUUGACAUCAGCUGCACCUACUGUGGAGAGAUAGUUGAGGAAAAUUCAACAAUUGUGGAGAAAGAGGAGGAGAUAGUUGAGGAAAAUUCAACAAGUGUGGAGAAAGAGGAGUGGGAAGUGGUCAUGGAGGCUAUGAAGAGGUUGGUGGCAUCUCUGCCUCCAGAGAUGGUUCAGUUGCCAGGGACUAUGUCAGAAGAUCCAGCAAGCAAGAUUGCCUUUCAUAUAAUACGUGAGUUAUCUUUUCGCCAGGCUAUUAAAAGUGUGAAUGGGCAAAGAAUGGACACCAAGGCUGUGGAUACUGGUCCAGGUGCUCUUGGAAUUGCCAAGCCAGCAUCAGACGAAAAGGUCAAUGCAGCAUCAGACAAAAAGGGCAAUUCUGGAAGGCCCAAGAGGAGGAUGCUUAAGAGCUUGAUAUGGGCUCUGCUCUCAUCAUUUGCUAGCCACCUGUCAAUGCUACUGCUAUCCAGAUACUUGUUUGGAGGUGAAGAGGGAAAGGAAUCAAAAGAUUGCUGUCACAUAACUAGAGAGAAGAAAAACAGAGAGUUCAAAAGGUGGCUUGUCAUUAAAAUAAUUGCUCCGGUGAUUUUGUGUGGCUAUGUGCAUCAUUCGGUUCUGUGUUAUCGAUCCUGAGGACAGACAGGAAGCCUCGGUCUUCAGCAGAAAUGGAUUCAUCAAUUUGAUAACGAAUUCAAUAUCAAAGAUUUCAUUCUUUGGAAUUAAGGAUUUCCCAGCGACAUCACAAUAUAUUACGAUAUGUGCCCACGCAGUCUCUUUUGUUGCUGAUCUCGUGAGUUCCUUAUUUCUGUACUUUAUGGGAGGAUUUGCAGAGCUUGACCCAGCUGAUGGAUAAAUUGUUGACACAAGUCAUGAUCUGUGUGGAAUCCAAUGUCAAGCUCAUUUGAGCGCAUUCCUGAAACUUUGAGAAGGGCCUGCGCAUGGGAGCUCCAGAACUACAAAGCCUUAGUCAACAUGAAGAGAAGAAAGGAUGAGUAGAAUGUAAUGCCUGCAAUGUCAACUGAAAACCUGGUGGUAUACUUUCCACCCUGUAAACCUUGUAUAUAAGGCUCUUGCUUGUGCUUUUUGUCGGCAAGAAUGUUGUAUGCUGUAGCAGAAUGCUGAAAAAUAAACACGAAACUGCUUAUACGCUUAUUCUGAGAUUAGAACAGAGCUGGAACGCCUGUAGCCUCUCUGAACCUGUUUGCUCCUAACAACCUAAAAGCAUAAUGAGAUAGAAUGGAAUGUAAAGGUCAAACUUGGAGUACAUUUCAAAUUUCGUCCAAACAAGUUUUUUUUUCCUCAGAAUAGCAAGAACAGCAGA